AUGGGUCUUAUAUGGGCUGAAAGCCCAACUUUUAUAAUAAUCUUGAGUCGGCCACAAACCAAAGAAUAAUUUCUGUCUCUGUUUUCUAUUUGCGACGGUUCUUUUCUUCCUCUCGUCUCGUCUCGUCUCGCGCUCUGAAAUUUCGCAGAUUCCGUCAUGUCUUCCGGCGGAAAUCCAACUGGCUCCGCCGCUGCGGCCGUUGAAAAGAUGUUCUUUUGUUACCAGUGCAAUCAAACAGUCACCGUCUCAAUUUCCUCUGCCGCUGAUCCGUUCUGCCCUCUUUGUAACGGUGGGUUUCUUGAAGAAUUCGAGGAGCCCAACCCUAAUCCAGCCCCCAAUCUCAACUCUGGCGGGUUUUUCCCGAUGGGCGAUCCUUUCUCCUUGCUCCCGCUCCUAUUCGGCUCUUCCGCUCCCCCUUCCUCCAACGUCAUGGACUUCAUAAACCCGAGCUUCUUCGGGCCGUCGACGCAGGCACGCUCCACGCACCAGCACCAGCACCAGCCGCAGGGCGACGCUUUUGAUCCGGUGUCGUUUCUCCAGAACCAUCUCCAGCAUCUGCGAUCCAGCGGCACGCACGUCCAGUUCGUGAUCGAGAGCAAUCCCUCGGAUCUUGGCAACCGAGUGCCAGGGAAUCUCGGGGACUACUUCUUCGGCCCUGGUCUUGAGCAGCUGAUUCAGCAGCUAGCCGAGAAUGACCCCAACCGCUACGGAACUCCUCCGGCGUCGAAAUCUGCAAUCGACGCGCUCCCGACUGUCAAGGUGACCAAGGAUAUGCUCAAGUCGGAGAUGAACCAGUGCGCCGUUUGUAUGGAUGAGUUUGAGGACGGUAGCGACGUCAGGCAGAUGCCUUGCAACCACGUCUUCCACCAGGACUGCUUGCUCCCGUGGCUGCAGCUGCACAACUCGUGCCCGGUUUGUCGACACGAGCUGCCUACGGACGACCCUGAUUACGAGAACAGGGCUCAAGGUCAAGGAGGUCAGGCUAGUGGGGAUGGGCAGGGGUCGGUCGAGGGUCAGCAGACGCCAAGGAGUUUCAGUAUUCAGCUGCCUUGGCCGUUCAGGAGACAGGAUGGCUCUGGUUCAGGGUCUGGAGCUGGAGCACCAGGCGGUGGUGGCAGUGGAGCUAAUCCUGAGACCAGGCAGGAAGAUUUGGAUUGAUAUGGGCCAGUCAUUGCUUGGAAAUUUGACUGGAAGGAGGAGUUGCGUAAGUUCUCACAAGAAAAAAAAAGAAGUUUGAUUAGGGGAAAAAGAAAAGUGACAUUGAGGUCUUACCAUAUUUUGUACAUUUAAACCAAAAAAAGGAGUAAUUUUCAUGUCGUUAUUUUGGGAUUAUAUGACGAAUGUGAGAGUUCAAAGAAAAUCGCAAUAUUUCUUUUGAGUGAUAUUUUUGUUUAUUUUCUCAUAAGCAGCACAGUUCCAUGGACUGGAUCUGUGAAAUCCAGAGACCCCAG